AUGCCACCCAGGAAAAGCGACGCCUCGCGCAAAAGCGACGUCGCCGUCCGUCCCGCCCCCAAACCCGCCGAGCAGCCCCAGUCCAAGACCACCCCCGCCGCCGAGACCCCGACUCAGCCCCGGCCUGAACCCUCUACUCCGGCGACGGGCGAGAAGAAGGAUAAGGAGAGCAAAGAGACGAAGGAAGGAGUUAGCAUUGAUGAUCUAAAUCUGCCCAAGUCCAUCAUCACGAGGCUGGCCAAGGGAGCGUUACCGCAGAAUAUCCAGCUCCAGAGCAACGCCGUGAUUGCUUUACGGCAGAGUGCCACGGUGUUUAUCAGCUACCUUGCCUCUCAUGCAAACGAACAUGCCCAAAAUGCGGGGAAGAAAACUGUUCUACCAGCCGAUGUGUUCCAAGCCCUCGAGGACACCGAAUUCGGCUUCCUCAAAGGCCCUCUAGAGGCCGAAUUUGCUAAAUUCAACCAAAUCCAAACGGCAAAACGCUCCAACUACCGCCAAAAAGUCGCCGCUGCCAAACGCGCAGCCGCAGACUCUUCCACCCUCAGCGCCGCCGAUACCACCGUUAACACGGACGCGGACACCUCAACUAUUACCGAGCCCGAGCGCGGGGGCGGGUCGAAGGCGAAGAAGGCGAAGGUUGAGAGGGGGGCAAGUGUGGAGGAGGAAGAGGCUGAUGAUGCGGAGACGGAGCCGGAGGAGGAGGAGGAGGUAGAGGAUGAUGAGGAGGAGGAGGAAGAAGAAGAGGAUGAGGAUGAGGAUGAGGACGAGGAAGAUGAGGAGGGAGAGGAUGAAGAGGAGGUGGGUGUGUUGGAAGAGAGGGAUGAUGAUGAUGAUGAUGAUGACGAUGAGGAUGAUGAGGGUGAUGAGAGUGAUUAA